AUGCAGCCGCCUUUCGCGAGACGCGGACUGGAGGGGAAGAGGCUGUUGCAGUACUGCCUAUACGCAUUCGGGAUGCCGGCGGUCGUGGCCGCGGUGGCGUGCAUCCUUCUCUUCGUCGCGGGGACCCCGUCCACCAGCACCAGCGCAGCGUCUGGCGUGGGUGAAUGCCGAAAGCUCGUUGUUACUGGUUUCAUUUGGUGUUCCCUCGGGUCAGUGGCGCUACUUCUGGUGACCAAUGCCAUUUUCUUCGCCCUCACGUGUCGUUACUUGAUCCAGAACACCAAAGACGUCGCUCUUAUGAUUCGAAACCAGAAACAGACGUACACCUUCUGGCUGUACGUGAAGUUGUUCGUUUUGAUGGGAGGGACCUGGCUCGUGGGCGUGGUCAGUUACUUCACGAACACGCUCGAGGGCGACAUCGUCUCGUUGGUUCUCUUCGGCCUCCAGGGAGUCUUCAUCUUCCUCAUCUUCGUGUGCAAGAAGGAAGUCGUGGAGGACGCAAAGAGGAAGGCCGGGGAAUGGCUCGCCGAUCGAUGGUCGACGGGGGAAGUAUGACGAAUGAUGCUUGGGCUUUUUUUCUGUGCAGCGAUUGUAUGCGUUACUGGGUGGGCAUUUCUUCUCCUUGAGCUCGAUCCUAGGAACUUUCUUUCAUGUUUGGUCGUCUUCCGAUGCGUGAAUUAUGAGCCUUGGAUGAAUAAUCUUUCAUCGAUCUUUGUCUAUGACG